UUUUUUUUGUACAUUAUCAUGACAAAAGGAAUAGAAUGGGUUUAUGCAAUAGGAUCAUCAUGGAAUAGAUGUGAUCCAAAUACGCAAAGAGCAAUUGAAAAACUAUGGGCAAAUGAUGCUGCUGGUUGGAUCAAAAGCCCAUCCUUUGGAGAUUACGUUUAUGUAGACACUACUGAACUCUCUUUAACAUAUGGUACUUAUUCUUACACCAUAGCUAGACGUUGUUGUUAGAUUUCUUCCUAUCUGAUUCCAUCAUUCACACACUCAUCCUAUCUAUGUCUUGUUCUAAUAUGCAUAUUCUCUCACAAAUAUGAACAUACUUCAAUCUGUCUCUCUUUUUUAGUCUCAUCAUCAUCAUCUACAUAUCCCUUAUCGAAAUCAUUCAUAACAUGCAUAAAAAAAAAUAAUAAUAAAGAUAUGUCUACUCUUGUAUGAUCCUGUAUUCCUGUUUUGGCAUAGAUACUUUGAUUGUUUCAUUC